AAAGGUAUACCACUAGCAUCACAUCAGCUAAUGACUGAUAUUUGAAUUCUAUAUUUUCUAUCAUUUUGAAUAUUCUUGUUUAUGAAGUGACCGAGAACUUAGAAGCAAAAGUGGUUAAUACUUUUAUUAUUACAGCCGAUUAACCAUGACAUCGUCUACAUCGUGCACAAUUAACGACAUAUUUACGAAAUAAAGACGUCUACGGAGUGUGUAUCGAUCGUGCAUCAAAUACCUAUUUCGAAUCGAAAACCAAAUCGCUCACGAAUAUGGCCCAAUCGAGUUAUAAGCUAUUGCAAGACCUCCAAAAUUCGACGAACUACGAGUGUUUGACUGCCGGUAACGACUUGGAAUGGGGAUGGGAUCCCUUGGAAUCAAACACUGAUGUGAAUAUAUCAGACGACACGUUAAAUGUAGUAAUUCAUCCAAACUCUAGCCGGGGUACCGGAGCGGUUCGUGGUGACAUGCCAUUUGUGCCGGGUCAUAUCUACUAUUGGGAGAUCAAAGUGGACGGUUCACCUACCGCCACUGACAUGAUAAUUGGUGUUGGCACAAAAGAUUUCGACUUGGAGAGCUCUAAAAACGAAUAUACUAGUCUAAUAGGAUCGGAUGAGAAAUCGUGGGGAUAUUCUUAUAAAGGUGUCAAACACCAUGGAGGAGAAAGUUUGAUGUAUGGUCAGAGAUGUGAUCGUGGUGAAGCAUUGAUAGGAGUUCGAUUGGAUAUGUGCAGAGGGACAUUGGAAUUUUUCCAUAAUAGAAUUCCGUUAGGUGUGGCUUUUGAAAAACUAAAUAAUACACAUCUCCUCUACCCGAUGGUAUGCUCCACUGCAUGCCGAACUCAUUUCACAAUAAAAUACUGUCGUUCAUUGCCAGUAAAUCUGCAACUUUAUUGUUUGCAAGCUUUUGACUCUAGUAAGAAUUCAUUAAUACCAUUUGGUAUUUUGAAAAUGGUAAUGGAUUCUUGGUGGAUUCCUAAAUCCUAUUCGUCAUAACACAACUUUAGAUUUCAUGAUUAUAUUUUAAUUUUAUUUCUAAGAUUACUUUAAAAUAUUAGCAACUCUUAGUAUUUAAGGAAUGUAUAUUAUUAAUCCGACGUUAGUCACGCCCGUGUAUAUAAUGUUAUUAGUCGCAUCACAGUCUUUUUGACUGCGUGUUAAUUUUCAAGAAUAUGUGAAAUGUUGUUUCAUUAAUUUGUAUUCAUUUUAUUAAGACAAAUCAAUAUUUUAUACAAUCACAACAAAAUUUAAUCUGUUAUAAAAAGUUACUCCCAUUACAUAAAAUGGAUAAUAUUUAGAAAAAUAGGAAUGUACGAGUUUUAUUUAAAUUUAUAGGUGAUAGGUAACCUAUAUUAUGAAUAAUAUCUCAUUUCUAUCUUAGUUUAAUCUAUAUAUAAGUAAUUAAAUAUAUUUUUAAUAACAUUCUUAAAAGUUAUAUUGAGUAUCAAUGAUUGAAAUAUAAAAUGUAUAAUAUGUUUUAUUAAAAAUAUAAAAAUGUGAGGUUGUUUUGACCUUAGCGCGACUAACGCCGGGUUAAAAAUGAAUAUAAUAUAGUGUCUUACAUAAUUUGCUUGCAUACAACUUAUUAUGAAUACAGUAUAUUUAUCAUUCUGUGCUAAUUAUUGAAUUAUUAACAAUUAUUACCUAAUUUAAAAAAAACAUAAUUCAUUUGCUCCAGUCUAGUGAUGAUAAUUUUUUUUUUUUUUUACUUUGAGAUAAAUUGUUUAAAUUGAAUUUGGCUUAAAAAUUAAGUAAAGACAAAAUUACAUUAAAAGUACAUAAUUUAUUUAGAAAAACACAAGUAAUCAAUUGAUGUAUUGUUAUACAUAAGUACAAUUAAUAAUAAUGAGUUACAAAUACAAUUUACUUUGGAACUAGUGUUGUAUCAUGCAUAUUAAAACUAUUAACUAGGUUAAGAAUAUAUGUAAUAUGUAAUAACUAAUAAGUGAUAGGAGAACUGAAAAAAUGUGGGUUCUUGAAAAAGUAAUUGAGUGUUCUAGCUUAAUAAAGUUAUGUGUAUUUAAUAAUGUAUGUUGGAAGGAAUUGAUGUAUUUGACAGUAGUUAAGCUUAAUCAUUGGGAAAUAUAAUAUAUAAGCCCAAAAUUAUUUAUUUGUUGCUCUAAAUACUAAUACUAUCAUAUAAAUCUACAUAAGUAAAAAUUAUAUAAUUUUCAAUUUGUCAAAGUCCAAUAUUUUAGAAUGAAGUAUAUUUUAACUCAAAGUAAACUUUAAUGAAAGUCUAUUUGCAUACCAAUAUACUUACCUAUAAAUUAAAAUAGUAAUUUAAGAACUGUUCUGUUCCACAAUUAUAUACAUUGUCUUGACUAAAGAUUUGUAAAAUAUUGUGUUAAAUUAAGCCAGUUUAAUAAAAAAUAUUUUCACAUUAAUAUACAAAUUCAAACUUAAAUGUACCAAUGUUUUUUUUUAUAAUGUUUAAUAUUAUCAACAGCUAGGUACAAUAAUCAUAGCAUUACCAUUGAUUAUAAAUACUAUAUAGUAUGUACGUCUUAAUGUAUCAAUUUUUUUAUGGCAUAAACUGCUUGCCAGUGGUUAUUUACAUUACAUUCAAUUGUUAUCAUAUAUUUAUAUUUGUAAAUUGCUUUCUUAGGUAGCAAUGUAUAUUAAAUUAGAUUGUGUAGUUCAGCUUCGUUGAAAGGUAAGGUUCGUGUAAUUUAUUAUAAUAAGUAAAAACUAUUCAUGUUCCGUUUUAGAAUUUUGUAUUUGUGAAAAGUAAUCGGAGUAGAUAUGAUUAGUUGUUUAACUAUCUGUAUGUUUCUAUAAUGUAUACAAUAUCUAAUCUUUGUGUUAUAUUAUGUAAUUAAUAUAUUUAAAAUAAAAUGUGUGUUUAUAAAUGCAGUAUACCUUUAA